AUGUCAUUAGUUCAUGGUUACUCUUCAUCCGAGGACGAAACAGAUAUUCCAGCCCUCGUUUUGGGCCAAUCGGUAGAUCCUACGCCGGUGGCGGCUGUAGUGGUUCUGGAAGUUGCACGCCCCAGUGCCAAGCGCACGUUUGCUUCCACAGUUUCUACCCACCACUACGACGAUGCUGUGUUCAACAUCCAGCAUCGUGACUUCGACCGUGCACGCGUACAGCCCCAAACCAGACAGCAGAAGAAGCUUGCAAAGCGCCAAAGAGAAAACGGCCCCUUCGGGCACUCCUCGAGCAGCGAGGAAGAACAGGAAAUUGUUGAUGAAGAAGAGAUUGAAGACUCCCUUCCGGUGCUCGAAAGCGACCGUGAAAGCGACGGUGACAGUGACAGUGCCACCACCAAAUUCUUUGGGGAGUCCGAGGUGGAUUACCUCGGACGAACAUAUAUGCACGUUCCAGUGGAUUUCCCGAAAGUACACGCACGCGAGUGCUUCGUGCCGAAAACGUGUAGCUACGUGUGGCGCACGGCACACGCGCGUGGUGUCAAUAAACUCCUGUUCUUUCCCUCGGGGCACUUGUUGUUGAGCUGCGGGAACGACGCGACAGUCAAGCUCUGGGACGUCAGCUCGAAAGAGCUCUUACGUGGAUUCUAUGGUCACACCAAACCCGUGAAGAGCAUCGUUUUCAAUGCUUCCGGCUCUGACUUUAUCAGCUGCGGCUACGACCGUAAAACCCACGUCUGGGACGUGGAGACGGGGGUGCUCAAGCACACGUUCCACACGCGCGGGAUCCCCAACGCGGCGCUUUUUAACCCUAAUAGCGAGCUGGAACUCAUUGUCGGUUGUUCUGACUCCAAAAUCUACCACUACGAUACGCGCUCGCCGCCUGACUCGCAGAUCAUCCAGACUUACGACUACCAUUUGGCGUCUGUACAAUCCUUAGUGGCAAUCGAUGGUCAGACGCGCUUUAUGUCCACCUCAGAGGACAAGUCCGUGCGGAUGUGGGACUGGGGGGUCAACGUGCCUGUGAAGAACAUCUCGGAUCCCGCGCAGUUCAACAUGCCGUGUGUUGCACUCCAUCCCAAGGGUGAUCAUGUGGCGUGUCAGGGGAUGGACAACAAGGUCCACACGGUGCUGACCACCGGAAAGUAUCGCUUGAAUCGCCGCAAGUACUACACAGGCCACCAGUCUCAAGGCUACAAUAUCGGUGUGGGGUUCAGCCCCGACGGUAAGACCUUGAUGAGUGGCGAUUCUCGCGGUCGCGCGUGGUUCUGGGACUGGAGCAGUGCCAGGGUGGUGAAGAGCCUCCAGGUUGACCCCAAAGGUGGGGUUGUGAGCUGUGUGGCCGCAAACCCGCUGGGCGUCAGUGAGUGUGUCUUUGCUGGUGGGUCUGGCGAUAUAUACUAUUAUGAGUAA